ACUUCCUGGUGUUGCUUCAGCAUUCCAACUCCAUGCUCUGCAAGCACAACACAUGAUGUUAUCUAGAAAAUCUCAAUAAUGUCACUUUCAAUUCCAAUUAUACCCUCCCAAUCUUCCCAAAACUCCCAGUAACUGCCACAUACUCUCUUCUUCGUCUUCUUCAAUACCCCCACAUGUGUAUAUAUAAAUGCUUACCAUUACAAAUCAUACCAGCUAUGUAUAUUCCACAUUGACCUCAUUUCUCUUCAUCUUGUAAAUAAGGUUUUGCCUCUUUUUUCUUCAGAGAGUAAUAAAGAUUAAGUUGAGUGCUGAUUGAAUUGUUCUUCAAAUGCCUGGGUUAGCAAUGGAUGAGUUACAUGUAAAUAGUGCAAAAGAAGAACAUAGUGGGAGUUACACACCCCACAAGGAAAAUUUCAACAAUCAACAAGCAUCUCCAAGGAGCACGCUGAGUCCAAGGAGCAUUCAAAGUGACUCAAUUGAUUUGGCCAUCGAUGGUGUGGUGGACACCUCCAUUGAGCAAUUGUAUCACAAUGUCUGCGAGAUGCGAAGCUCCGAUCACUCACCAUCCAGAGCUAGUUUCUUCUCGUAUGGAGAAGAGUCAAGGAUUGAUUCAGAGCUUUGCCAUCUUGUUGGUGACAUUGCAGGUUUGGACAUCACAAAGAAGGUUGUCAGAGAGAACAAUGAGGAUUCCAAUGGCAAUGGCAAUGUUAGUGGUAAUGAAUCCACAAAGAAGGAAAAUAACCUCUCACCAAACUCAAAGGUCAUUGAAGAAUCAGAAAAAUCGACUCGAGGAAGCAAGAAAUUGCGCGAGAGGCCGUCCAGGAAGGAGAGGGGUGCUAGAAAAUCAAAUGGUCUUUACCAUAUGAGGAGGUACAAGAGUCUUGGUUUAAUGAAGGGGAUUGAGGAUCCUCUUGCUUCUGGUUUAGAUAAUCCAGAAUUGGGACCUUUCUUGCUUAAGCAAACAAGGGAUUUGAUUGCUUCGGGUGAGAAUCCAAGGAAGGCUCUUGAUUUGGCUCUUAGAGCCUUGAAAUCAUUUGAGACUUGUGCUAUUGAUGGAAAACCAAGUUUGGAAAUGGUUAUGUGCCUCCAUGUCUUGGCAUCAAUAUACUGUAAUAUGGGACAGUACAAUGAGGCCAUUCCAAUUCUUGAGCGUUCGAUUGAAAUUCCGGUUUUGGAGGAUGGCCAGGAUCAUGCACUAGCAAAAUUUGCAGGUUGCAUGCAAUUGGGUGAUACUUAUGCAAUAAUGGGUCAGAUUGAGAAUUCUCUGCUGUUUUACACAGCAGGCCUAGAAAUUCAAGGGCAAAUCCUGGGGGAAACGGAUCCAAGAUAUGGUGAGACAUGCCGGUAUGUAGCCGAGGCGCAUGUUCAGGCAUUGCAGUUUGAUGAGGCUGAGAAGAUUUGUCAGACAGCUCUUGAAAUUCACAAGGGAAACAGUUCACCAGAUUCACUUGAGGAAGCGGCCGAUAGAAGACUAAUGGGGCUUAUUUGUGAUUCAAAGGGUGACUAUGAGGCUGCACUCGAGCACUAUGUUCUUGCAAGCAUGGCUAUGUCAGCAAAUGGCCAUGAAGUAGAUGUUGCCACCAUUGAUUGCAGCAUUGGUGACGCGUAUCUCUCUUUGGCGCGCUAUGAUGAGGCGGUAUUCUCUUAUCAAAAGGCACUUACUGUGUUCAAAUCAACCAAAGGAGAGAACCAUCCGACGGUUGGUUCAGUUUAUGUCCGGUUAGCCGACCUGUAUAACAAGAUAGGAAAGUUCAAGGAAUCAAAAUCUUACUGCGAAAAUGCGCUGAGAAUCUAUGGGAAGAUCAAACCAGGGAUCCCCUCAGAAGACAUUGCUAGUGGUUUGAUUGAUGUUGCCGCGAUAUACCAAUCAAUGAAUGAUUUGGAGAAAGGGUUGAAGCUUUUGAAGAAGGCUUUGAAGAUAUAUGGUAAUGCACCUGGACAACAAAGCACUGUUGCAGGGAUUGAGGCACAGAUGGGGGUAAUGUAUUACAUGCUAGGGAACUAUGCUGAUUCCUAUAACAUCUUUAAGAGUUCCAUUGCCAAGUUUCGCGCAAGCGGAGAGAAGAAAUCAGCUUUGUUUGGGAUUGCUUUGAACCAAAUGGGGCUUGCUUGCGUGCAGCGUUAUGCUAUAAAUGAAGCCGCGGAUUUGUUUGAAGAGGCUAGGACAAUAUUGGAAAAAGAGUAUGGUCCAUAUCAUCCAGACACCUUAGGUGUCUAUAGCAAUCUUGCAGGAACCUAUGAUGCAAUGGGCAGAGUGGAUGAUGCCAUUGAGAUUUUGGAAUAUGUAGUUGGAAUGAGAGAAGAGAAGCUUGGAACAGCAAAUCCUGAUGUGGAUGAUGAGAAGCGUAGGUUGGCAGAGUUAUUAAAAGAAGCAGGAAGGGCUCGGAACAGGAAAACAAGGAGGUCACUGGAAACUCUUCUUGAUGCAAACUCACACCUCAUAAAAGAAAAUUUCAUCAAGGUAUAAAUCAUGCAUGAAGCUGUAUAUAUUAUAUAACGUAUUGAAAUUAGUGGUUUGCUUUAUUUUUAUCACUGUUCUCGGAUAAAAAUGUGUUAUUUGUACCUUUUUUAUUUCAUAUACUGAGUUUACACACAUUCUUUCAUCCUCAGAUGAAGUGUGGAAAUAUGUGUGUCGGCUUAGUAUACGAAACAAAAGACACGAGUACACAUAACAUUUCUCUCGCAUAUACGAUCAACAAAGAAACCGAACAAUAACAAAGUGGAAAUAUGCUCCACUUUCCAAAUUUGUUCAUUGCUCAAGCAUUUUCACAGAAGUUGCUUUUGUAUUUGUAUUUUCUAUAGUGCACAGGAAAUUUAUCUGUAUUCAUAUAUUCUUAUUUGUAUAACUGACUUUAUAAAAUGGUUGAAAGUUCAAUUUUUCUAUGCAAAGAAAUGUAAGGUGGAACUUAAUUUUCUA